AUGUAUCCUCGUCACACAGCUGAUCACUACAGUAUUUAAAACCCCAACCACCUCUACCAUAGGGUGGCAGUGGACAAGGAGAAGCAAAUACCACACAGCUGACUGGAGCACAGUGUAGGAUGGCAGAUUUUGAACUGUAUGCAUACCAGGAGGAAGUGGUUGAAAGGGCACUUCUGAGAGAGAACACUAUUAUUUGGCUGCCGACGGGAGGUGGAAAGACCCGUGCUGCUGUAUAUGUGGCCCAAAAACACCUGGAGACCACACCGAAGGCUAAGGUGGUGGUCCUGGUAAACAAGGUUCACCUUGUAGAACAACAUUACACCAAAGAGUUCAAGCCUCACUUGGGCUGUAACUACACCCUGGUGCCAGUCAGUGGAGAGAGUGAGGAGAAGGACUUCUUCGGGAAAGUGGUGCAGGACUCAGACGUGGUCAUCUGCACAGCACAGAUCUUGUAUAAUGCUCUGACUAACAUGGAGGAAACCAAACAUGUUGAGCUCUCAGAUAUUACUCUACUGAUAAUCGAUGAGUGUCACCACACCCACAAGGACUCAGUCUACAACAAGGUAAUGGGAUGCUAUUUGGAGAAAAAGUUGAAAGGAGAACAACCAUUGCCACAGAUCCUGGGUCUGACUGCAUCACCUGGGACAGGGGGCGCAAAGAUCCUGGAAAAGGCUGUGGAGCAUGUACUGCAGAUUUGUGCCAACCUGGACUCAGCCAUAGUUUCAGCCAAAAACUAUGUCUCCGAGCUGAAGAAGAAAGUACCCAGACCUAUCAAGACAUUUGACAUUGUGGAGAAAAGACCAGAGGAUCCAUUUGGGGAUCAUCUGAAGUGGAUGAUGCAGCUGAUCCAUGAGUACAUGAACCUACCUCCAGACUUGAAACUGAGAGAGUGUGGCACACAAGAGUACGAGGCAGAUGUGGUGCUUCUAGAGCAGCGAGGAGUAAAAGAGAACAACAGACUGCUAGCACAAUGUGCUCUCCACCUCAGACAGUACAACGACGCCCUGCUCAUCAAUGACACCCUGCGAAUGAUGGAUGCUUAUCGCUCCCUAAAGGAGUUCUACAUCACCAAGAUCACCACAGCAAUUGAUGGAACAGACUUCUUCCUGGUGGGACUUUUCCAAGAGAAUGAGAAGGACCUGAAGAAACUGGCAGGGGAUUCUCGCUAUGAGAAUCCAAAGAUGUUCCAACUUGAGAGCACUCUGCUGAAACAGUUUGGUCCAGGUGUGCAAUCAAGGGGGAUCCUCUUCAGUAAAACCCGUAAAAGCAUCCGCUGUCUACAUGACUGGGUAGUCACCAAUAAAGCCUUACAGGAAGCUGGCAUCAAGGCAGCCAUCCUCACUGGGGCUGGCAAUGGUAACAGUUACAUGACACAGAACGAGCAGGCGGACACAAUCCGAAAUUUCCGUGACGGUACUCUCAACCUCCUGAUCUCCACCAGUGUGGCCGAAGAAGGCCUUGACAUCCCUGAAUGCAACCUGGUGGUACGCUAUGGACUGCUUACAAAUGAGAUUGCCCAGCAGCAGGCCAGCGGACGUGCCCGAGCGAGAGACAGCCAGUAUUCAGUGGUCGCCCAGAAAGGGGGGCGGGAAGUGCGCCGGGAGCUCACCAAUGAAUAUCUGGAAGACCUGACUGGAAAAGCCAUUGCUAAGGUCCAAGAUAUGAACCUCCAUGAGUUUCGCAGAGAGAUAACUGACCUACAAAUUCAGGCAGUUACUCGCAGAAAAGUUGCAGAGAGCCGCAAAAUAGAGAGGAAAAGUCUCAACACUGCUGCCAGUAUCCAGCUCGUGUGUCGAAACUGUUUCAAGUCUGUGGCCUCUGGCAGUGACAUUAAACUUGUUGACAAUGCACACUAUGUCAACGUCAAUCCUGACUUUAAGGAAUACUACAAAGUCGGGGGGCAGGUAGUGCUACCAAGGAGUUUUGAGGACUGGGAGCCCGGGCGUACAAUCAGUUGCAAUAACGGCAGCUGCAACAAGGAAUGGGGAUUUGAGAUGAAGUACAAGCAGAUUGCCCUGCUGCCCAACAUAGCCAUUAAGAACUUUGCCCUGGAUACCCCUGAUGGCAGGAUGACUGUAAAGAAGUGGAAGGAUGUCACUUUCACUGUUGAGGACUUCAGCUUUGAAGAAUACUGCCAAGGCAACUUCCCUGACAUCUUUGAUUGAGACACCAACAAGAGAAUUUUUUCCCCUACUUCACAUGUCACUUUUUAUCUGUUUUUUUAUUCCAGUCAAUUGGUAUUUACCAAUCGAGUGUAUUGCCUGUGCUCAUUUAAAGAAACCAUCAUUGUACUGUUUGAGGUGUUUAAAUAUGAACACAUGCUUUUCUAAAAGUCCCCUCCACAUGUGCUAGCAUUCAUUUGUGCUGCCGGGCCAGUGAGGCAGCAGUGUGCUAAAACCCAUUACGCAUCGAUCAUGCUUGAAAUUAGCAUGGCAGCUUUGUUUAUGCCCAAGGUCCUAAUUCUCUUUGCAUGUUUUUGUGUGUAUUUCCUCUACUUCAGCUCAAGUCAAGCACAGAAACACAGCACAUGAACCAUCACGAAUACUUGACAUGUCAUGAUGAAGAUGAUUCCUCAUGAACUCUCUUUUAGCCAUUUUAAAAUGCUUUUAAUUGGCAACUAAAUGUUUCCAGUAGAUGCAGUAGUCAAUACGUGUGUGUGUGUGUGUGUGUGUGUGUAGUAUGCAGAUACUGUGUAUGUACAGAUAAUCUUAGUUUUAACAACAUUUUAUCAUUAUCCACUAACAUUUAAAUUUGUCGCUGUGUACUAUUUUAUACCAAUUAAUUAUGGUCAAUAUAAAUGAACUAAAACCAUUUGAGAUGAAAUAUAAAUAAACUUUCCCCUUGAAAUGCC